AUGGCGUCCUCUCAGCCGGAUGUCGACCAGGAUCUGGUCCGACGCCGGACGAUCUUCUCUGACUACAACCGCUUCUUGCACACCUCGACCCUCGCAGCAUGUGUUCUGGCCCCUGUGCUGAUCGCUCUUCCACCGCGAAAACUAGACCUCUACACGUUCUUUUUGUCAGGCGCACUCAUCGCGUCGGCGGACUACCAAGCUAGAGAGCGGGCAGGAUUGGGAAUCAUGGGCUACGCUUCACGGCGCUUCAUGUCAAGAGAACAGUCGAGAUUACCGGGUCAGGAAGGUGCGAAUCCGGUGCAGGAAUCGGGCAGACUACUCGAAGAGUCAUCCCCGAGACUCGUGCAGGGCUCAACUUUGCAGCACCAAGCUCAGGAGGACUGGAAGCAACAGCGACUAAAGGAGGAGCAGGAGAAGCUUGAUCAGGGCGAAGGCUAUUGGUCCAUGAUAGUCGACCAGGUCUGGCAUGUGUGGAACCAGGAAGAGAAGAAAGUUGAGCAGCUUAAGGAGAAAGAUGAGGAGGUUGUGCAGGCGAGAAAGGAGAAGGGUUGA